AGAUUGGCUUGUUGACUGUAGGCCACAGCCAUAGCUGCCCGAAGAUCAACUUACAGUAUGAAAACGACGCUGGUUUGCUAGAUCUGUUUAUGGAGGUCCAUAGGCUGCUGCCCAGCCAUACCCAGGAUGCAUCCAAAGCUGAGGGUCAAGCAUCUCCACAGCAGUCCAUUGCUUUUCAGGUGGGAAAAAAAAAAUUGGUUAGUCUUCAAAAGUAGGAUGAUGCGCAUUAUAGUGCAUUAUGAAAGAAUAAUUGAGGUUUUAGCUUUAGAUGUUUUAUAGAGGUAAGAUGGCUACAACUUACAAAUGUUGUAGCUGAAGAUAGUUUACUAAAAUGGAUAACUUUGUUACAAAAACACACAUUACUAAAACAGAAACAAGCUGUUAAUAUUAUUUUAAAUUAAAAUUUAAAAAAAUAAUUCUUUGAAAAUUUUGUUUGCCAUAAUAAAGAAUGCGUAUUGUUUGGAGGUAAUUGGUCUCAAUUUUGUAGAGUUAUUUGUUAAUUCUAUAUUUACAAAUAAAGAUGUCUGUUUUAAUUUUAAUUAAAAAAAAAAUAAAAAUUAUUAAUUUAUUGAACUGAAAGAGAUUUUUUUUUUUCCAUUUAGGAAGUUCUGGAGCUCACUCAAAGAAAAUUGUUGCGUCACAUCACAAUGUACUCUGUCAGUAUGGACCUGGAGUCAUACCCGAGGUUAAUCCUUAUUGAUUUGAAAACUAACUUAGAAAGGCCAAAAACCACUGUGCUUAGUUCAAGGGAGGCCCACCAGAGGUCAAAGGUCUCUGACGAUGGGGCAGAUGCUUCAGAUUCUAAGUCUGGGUCAUGUGGUGGGGACAUUAAAGAACAAGCUGGUGCAGAUGACCUGGAUAAAAGUCUGCCUGACCAUCCCGGAUAUGAAGACAAGAGUGACAAGUAUUGCAUUAGACUCCUGUGUGAACAUGAGCAGGGCUGGCAUGAGGCCCCAACAUGCCUGAGUUUCCCAUCAAAAGAUGGCGCUGAGCUGGAGGAUUACCUUAAAAGCAUCGCUCCUUAUGUGGCUCGUAUCUUGGCUGUAUUAAAAUAUUCCAAGAUCAACAUACCAAUCCUGACCACCCCGCAAGGAGAAAACCUGCGCAGGAAAUUGGAAGAGGUGGGAUUUUCAGUCAAUUAUUUAAAAUAAUCCUCUUAAAAAAUAGUUAAUUUAUUUUUGUGGAGUUGAUAAAAAAAAGCAGCUUUAAUCCAUUAUUGCAGAUAAUGUGUUGAAGAAAUUUUAGAUGAUUAAAUACUAUACUUGUUUCUUUAACAUGUUUUCCUGCCAAAAACUUAUUUAGAUAAUUCAAUGUUAUCUUUUAAUUUUUAAAAAAUGUUUCUAUUUUAUUUUCCUUCCAAUAAAAAUUGUCAAGCGGGAAAUAAAGGUGCUUCUCUCACACAGUGUCCCUAAAAUUUAACCCAAAAAUUAAUGCUGUCAUUUUCACACCAGUGGUGCACCAGAAUGACACCUGACUUUCAGAAUGAGUACAACAUCAUACUACAGACUGUGAUGGAGGAGGAUGAGAACAGGAUUUAUGGAGGACUGAAGAGGUAAGUGUAUGAAACAUUUGCUCAUUACAUUUCUCCAGAAAAGUCAUCAGCGGCAUAACAACUCAUACAAAUUAUUGAUACAUAUUCUCUGAUUUAUUAUGGUGCUAUUGCAAGACCAUUCAACCAAUGAACAAGUUCUGCACAAUGCAGGAACCCAUUAAACCGAAAGCAUACGAGGUAUUUCUCUUUAUUAUUUGAUUUUUAAGAGAGUAAUUAUAUUUUAUAACGCUAGUGUAGUCAGCAUACACUCUCUCACACCAGCUUAAAAAAAAAUUUAACUCCAUGUAUGCUUUCAGAUGUCACAUGCCCAAUGGUAAGAUUCUCUGGCUGUGCGAGGAGCAUGAAAAGUCAUCCUUCACUUUGACUGAGGAGAAAUACAAACCUCAGCUUGGACAGAGAGAGGGUCUGAAAGAAAUCUAUGAAAUGGAGGAGGAGGAGCAGAUGCUUGAUGGUAGAUGUUGUUGUUGUUAUUUGUUCAUUAAAGGGUUGCAGUGAUUAACAUAUAAUCUGGUUAAAUUUAUCUCUGGCUUUUAGAUAUCGCCACAUAAGUUCCUGUCAAUUUAAACCUAGUGCAUUGAUUAAGUAAAAUAAUAAAUGCUAAUGCUCAAUCAAUUAAGACAAAUUGAGAGUUUGGGGCAAUGUAUAAGAAAAUAAAAUGAGGAACUCUACCUAUAAUAUGUUAAAUAAUUGAAAUUUAAAAAAAAAAUGCAAAAAUUUUGGUUUUUAAAUAAUCUCCUUAUUUAUAUUAAACAUCCUAACUCUUUACGUACCUGUCUACUGCAAAGGAUUUAAAAAAAAAAAUCAUUAAUUUCAUAUUAUAGUUAAAGUACACACUGUUAUGUUAAUGUUGUUUUCUUAGAUUCCCGACCAACCACUUCCCUGGAUGUGGCAAGGCCUGAUUCUCGGGCACAUGACAGAAGCCCUCAAAAAGGUCUGUAUUAGAAUAUAUUCAGUGAAUGAAGAAAGUAAACUGAUUGUAUUGAAAGCUACAAUUAAUGCCACUGUAAGGAUCCAUGUGAUUUAUUUUGUAGACAUAGUUAUUUUAUAUAUUAGCUUAUCUUGUUGCUCUCCUCAUGCAUAUCGAUUAUUACCCAAUUCUUCUUUCCAAUAAUAUCAUUGUGAACAUACUCACAACUUUAGGGACACAUGAUGACAGACCAUCAGCAGAAGUGCAGCAGAUUCCCGUUAAAGUGGUCUCCCCCACCUCAGGACAAGUGCUGCCCAGACGACCCAACCUCACCAGGAGACAAACCAGCAGCAGAAAGACCACAAGCCAGGCCUGCAGGCUCAUGUAGUGUAGAUUUGUAAAGUAAAUUUCAGAUAUUUAAUGUAAACUUAAGUCAUCUGUCCUUGUGUAAUGUUUCUAAAUGUAUUUGAUGACACAAUGGGAACUGUAAGGCAACAAAAUUAUUUUAUUCGUCUUUUCAAUCACGGUAAAAAGCAAUAAUAACAAAAUCUAUCUGUUUUACAUGAGGACUGAUCAUUUGUCAUGCACAAAUUGUUUAAUUUUCAAAGAGAGCUUGUGCUUCACUAAAAGUUGAG